AGUGUAUUUCUAGUUGAAUUUUUUUCGCGGACGGUAUAACAAUAAAAUAAUAGAAAAUUAGAGAGCAAAGCGCACAAAUAUGCAAAUGCAAACGUACAAAUUGGUUGUCGUCGGUGGCGGCGGCGUUGGAAAAUCGGCCAUAACGAUACAAUUCAUACAGAGCUAUUUCGUGACAGACUAUGAUCCAACCAUCGAGGACUCCUACACAAAACAGUGUGUCAUAGACGAUGUGCCCGCCAAACUGGACAUACUGGACACAGCCGGUCAGGAGGAGUUUAGCGCUAUGCGUGAACAGUAUAUGCGUUCCGGCGAGGGUUUCCUGUUGGUGUUCUCCUUGAAUGAUCAUUCCAGCUUCGAUGAAAUACCAAAGUUUCAGCGUCAAAUCUUGCGUGUCAAGGAUCGCGAUGAGUUUCCCAUGCUGAUGGUGGGCAAUAAGUGCGAUUUGGAGCAUCAACGUCAGGUGUCGCUGGAGGAAGCGCAAAAUACGAGCAGAAACCUAUUGAUACCCUAUAUUGAGUGCAGUGCCAAGCUGCGCGUCAAUGUCGAUCAGGCGUUUCAUGAACUGGUGCGCAUUGUGCGUAAAUUUCAAAUAGCCGAACGACCCUACAUCGAGGAGGGCUACAAGAAGAAGGGCAAGAAGAAGUGCUGCCUGAUGUAAGAGCAAUUUGCGAAUCUCCACAAAAACAACAACAACAACAACAAGAUGAAUGUAACGAGUAUAACACCAAAUUUUUAAAUUAAUAAACGCGCGUCGACUGAGCUAUACAGACUUCGAUGUGCAACCAGUAAUCCAGUACCCAGUACCCAGUACCCAGUAUCCAAGAUCAAGCAACAACAACGAACCCAAACGAAGUGCAUUUUUUAUACCUGCCUACCCAGUAGAACCCAUAACCGAAUCGUAUAAGCUCGCGCCACGCCCAGCAACUAGCCAGUUAACUAACUAACGAAAAAAAAAACAAUUAAAACUCAAUAAGUCCCCGCCAGACAGCACAGACAAACAUACAUGCUUGCAUAAAUACAUAGAUACAUGGAUACACACACACAUAUACAUAUAUAUAUAUACAUAUAUUUUUGUAAUAUUAUUUGUUGAUCGAUGGCAACAAUUAAGGACAAAUGUUUUUUAUUAUUAUGGUUAGAAAUUUGUGAGAAAUUUGUAGUGUGCAAACGCCAUUUGUUUAAUAAUAUUAAUGGAAAUAAUUGAGCCAAGUUUUGAAUGUUUGUUUGUAUUUUUCGAUUAAGCCAAAAGUAAUGUGUUAUUGUAAUUUGUAUUGUUAUUUACUACUAAUAUAUAUAAAUAUAUAUAUAUUGCAUACAUGUACACGUACUAUAUAUAUAUAUACGAUUCGAUUUUGUUACGCGUAAUCAAAGAUUGUGUUGUGUUUAAUAACAAAUUGAGUGCCUCGUUCUCGUUGCAUUUAGUCAGCGCAUUGAUAACAAAAAAA